UGCAGGCUCCCAGGGAAGGGGAGGAGUUCUGGCUGGCUCUGAAGCCACUGUCCCCACAGCAACACGGCCAUACUGGGCCCAACGGACUAAGAGGCCUGGGGCUGCAGCCUGGCAGCCUCGUGGGCAGAGACGGCGGCAUGGACAGCCUGUUUGUGGAGGAGGUGGCCGCCUCCCUGGUCAGGGAGUUCCUCAGCAGAAAGGGCCUGAAGAGGACAGGUGUGACCAUGGACCAGGAGCGCCCACGCUCCGACCUCAGCAUCAACAGCAGAAACGACCUUCGCAAGGUUUUGCAUCUUGAGUUUCUCUACAAGGAGAACAAAGCAAAGGAAAAUCCUCUAAAAACAAGCCUUGAACUGAUGACCAGAUAUUUUCUGGAUCACUUUGGAAAUGCUGCUAACAAUUUCACUCAAGAGACACCAAUCCCUGCACUCUCGGUUCCAAAGAAAAAUAACAAAUUGCCAUUGAAAUGCUCGGAGACUACGCUGGUGAAUAUAUAUGACCUUUCAGAUGAAGAUGCAGGAUGGAGAACAUCGUUGUCAGAAACAAGCAGAGCCAGACAAGAAAAUCUUGAUGGGGAUGUGCUUGGUAAUUUUGUAUCAUCCAAAAGGCCACCACACAAAAGUAAGCCCGUGCAGGUGGUCUCGGGUGAAAGCCCCCACUUGGCUUCCGUGUGGGAGAAGAUGGAGAAGCGUCACUCGCCAGAGCCUUCCUUGGAAGUGAAGAGGGUGGGAGAGAAGACCAGGCCAAAGUCUGGCCUGAUCGUGCGAGGCAUGAUGGCCGGGCCCACUGCCAGUUCCCCACAGGAUUCCCUCCGCAAGCGUGCUCUGAGGCGGCCCCCGACCCUGAGCAGUGCCACCCAGCCCCAAGAAGAAGGCCGGAAGAUGCCUGAGCUCUUGGCCCACACUCCAGCCUGUCCAGCCCUGCAGGAGGGCCUGGCUUCCAGCACCAGCUCUGCCUCCAGGAGCCCUCCAGGUCAGCUCAGCGAACUGACCGCAGACAAGCGGAAAACAUUGCCCAGGAGCCCACCGCACCUGCUCAGCAAAGGUCUGCCCCGGCGGGAGAGGGGCAGCUCCAGAGAGCUUUCAGAGGGCAGCCCAGCAGCGGACAGCAGCACAGACGCAGACAGGACGCUCUCCAACCUCUACUUGCCUGGUGGGAAUUCCAGGGUGACCCAGGAACGGCUGGAAAGAGCGUUCAAGCGGCAGGGCAGCCAGCCCCCUCCCAGGAAACACCCACUCCCAGAGUCUGACAACGGGGACCAUGAGCUGGGUGCCCUGCGGCUAGAGGAUGUGGAGGAUGAACUGAUAAGGGAAGAAGUCACCUUGGGCCCGGGCCCGUCGGUGCGCAAGCUGCAGGUCACAUCGCAGCCCAUCGACCUCUCUGUCGCCAAGGAAAUAAAGACCCUUCUGUUUGGUUCCAGCUUGUGCUGUUUCAAUGAAGAAUGGAAACUUCAGAGUUUUUCCUUUAAUGACACGGCCUCACUAAAAUAUGGCAUCGUGCAGAACAAGGGGGGUCCCUGUGGGGUUCUGGCAGCUGUCCAAGGCUGCGUCCUACAAAAACUCCUGUUUGAAGGAGAUAGCCAAGCUGACUAUGCUGGGCGACUGCAGCCUUCAGACGUGCACAGGACCCGCUGCCUCGCCCUGGCCAUAGCGGACAUCGUGUGGCGGGCUGGGGGCCGAAAGAAAGCCGUGGUCGCACUGACUUCGGGAACACAGCAGUUCAGUCCAACGGGGAAAUACAAAGCAGAUGGAGUCUUAGAAACACUCCUCCUUCACACUGUGACCUGCUACGACGAGCUGGUGGCCUUCCUUCAACAAAGUGUCCAGCAGUUCGAAGCAGGCCCCUACGGAUGCAUCCUGCUGACCCUGUCGGCCAUCCUGUCCCGGUCCACGGAGCUUGUCCGCCAGGACUUCGAUGUGCCCACCAACCACCUGAUUGGAGCACACGGUUACUGCACACAGGAACUUGUCAAUCUGCUCCUGACCGGGAAGGCCGUGUCCAAUGUUUUCAAUGACGUGGUGGAGCUGGAUUCCGGGAACGGGAACAUCACGCUUCUCAGAGGCAUCGCUGCCCGCAGCGACAUCGGCUUCUUAUCUCUCUUUGAGCACUAUGAUGUCUGCCAGGUCGGCUGCUUCCUGAAGACCCCGAGGUUCCCCAUCUGGGUGGUGUGCAGCGAGAGCCACUUCAGCGUGCUCUUCAGCCUGCGGCCCGAGCUGCUGUGUGACUGGAGGACUGAGAGGCUCUUCGACCUAUACUACUACGACGGCCUGGCCAACCAGCAGGAGCAGAUCCGGCUGACCAUCGACACCACCCAGACCAUACCUGAGAACAAAGAGGACGACCUUAUCCCGCCCCUGGAGCUCUGCAUCAGAACCAAGUGA